ACACGACAUGCUAGUUUUUGUUUAAAUAUUUGAAAUGAACACGACUAUUUCUUUGAAUCUUUCUCGCUUUUUUAACGAUCAAAGAAGCUUUGUAAAUUUGUAUAUUGAUGAGAAAUAUGAUACUAUAAAUGAUUUGCGAAAACAUAUAAAACAGACUUUUGGCAUAAAAAAGAGAUUCUGUUUGUUGGUUGCUGACAAUGUACCUCAUCACUUUUUACCAAGAGCUGAGAGUAUAAGAAUUUUACAGGGAAGAAAAAAUGUAAUAGUUGAGCCCGUAACUUUCAAAGAACCUACGCAUAUUAAAGAAAAAAUAGACAAAUAUGCAGAGCAAUUGGAAAACUUUGAUGAUGAAAGUAUACUUGCUCGUGAAGAUCUUGAAAAUGAAUGCGCUAAGAUGUAUGUUGAAAAUGACCAUACUGAAAGUGAUAAUAAAAAGAGGUCUUCGCAAAAAAAAUCAAGUUAUGGAGAUAUCAAAGAAGGGCUAUCUUGUAAAAUAGCAGUUGAUAAAGGUAAAGAUGCAAAAAAUACUUCAACAAAGCUUAAUGCACAGACUAAUAAUCUUCUUUUAACCGAAAAUGAAGACUGUAAUAUGUUAGAAUAUGCUGUUGAUGGGAAUAAAGAUAGUAAAACUGAAGAACAGAAUUUUCAGAUUUUAACACCUCACAAGGAACUAAAUAAACUUGAAACUUCUACAAACUUUAGUCAUAUGUCUGCUAAACCAAAUAUUAUUAUACAGUCUGUUGAGAAAGUACAUUAUCUUUUAAAUAAAACUAAUGAACUUGUUAACAGUACUGAAAAAGAUUCAAGAUUCAACCUGAAUUCGUCUCGCAUAACAACUCGUGCAAGAAAACGAGUUAGAAGAAAUAAGUCUAAACUUAUUACUUUCGAUGCCGAUAAAAUCAAUGAUGCAGACAAUUUAGCACAGAGUUUUAGUUCAAAUUUAGUUGCUGCAAAAUCUACACCAAACCAUAUUAGAUUCACAGAAGAUUUAACAAUUUCACAUAAUGAUUCUGCUUUAACCAAUGAGGCAUCACUUGAUAUUAGUAUGAAUGAUGCUUAUUCAUCAGAUAUAGUUACCAAAGCUAAAGUUAUUAAUAAUUGUCAAACUAUUGAAAAUUGUGAACUAAACCAAACAAAUGAUGAUGUGGCUUCAAAAAACGCGUGGGAGUUAUUAUAUGAACAGUUUCAGCAUGAUCCUGAUAAAUAUGCUUCUUUGAAGCAAUUACCAGUGGUUGGAGAUAUAAUCGCUUGCAAGGUUUUAAGAAUGACUAGUACGUAUGAACCAGAAUUGUCAUCUUAUAUUUUUGCAUUAGUUGUACAAGUAAAUGCUGCAGAGUGUUUUCAGAAUUCUGAUUUAAAACUCGAAAUUUUAGAGGGAAAAGCGUUUUUGCAACAGCCACUAAGUGGAAAAUUUGAAUUACCUGAUAGUGGUCAAGAGGAUUCCGAUAGCAAUAUGAUUAACUUAAAGUGGCACAACAUUUAUGAUCCGAAAUUGAUUUUGAAAUGAUUUUUUAUUUUUUAAAUAACUGGUCUUCAUUUAUAAGAUUUUUUUUUGUUGGAAGAAUUUUUAUAAUUGUUUUUAUGUGUUAUUAAUAUUGCAAGGAGUUCAUUAUUUAUAAGGGCUACUAUACCAUUGAUUUUUUCUAUAUUUUACAGCAUUUAGAAUAAUAUUGAUGAUUUUUACUAAUUAACUA